AUGAGUACGCCACCAGCAGGGACCGGCUUCCUCAAAUUCAACAGGUACGCUAGGGCGCGUCACAAGCACAGUACAACGUCCUUCUAAGAACGAAAGCUUCCAGUCUCCCUCCAAGGCUACACAUCACAGCAGAAGGCGCAAACGCAGAAGACGAUUUCGACCCAGACAUACCCCAGUACUUCAAAGAGGAAGGGUUCGAUGUCACUUACCUUCCCUGGAAUAAUGGAGGCAAGGCAUACAGAAACGCACUCGCGCAUUUACCCGACGACCUGGAAUUGGGGGAGAGUUAUGCUGUCGUCGGUAAGUCAGUCGCAGUAUGCAAUCCAACGACAGACCGUCCCUAAUGCUUCUCUAGCUUUUGGUGCGGCAGCAACAGAUUGCCUCGACCACUUCAUCAAACCAGCCCCUAAACUCGCUGCAGUAAUCUGCUAUUACCCACCGAGGAUCCUGAGACCAGAUGCCAAAUAUCCCCCGCAGAUGGACGUUCUGGUCCAUCUAGCAGGGAACCAGAAUUUCGCUCCGGCAUUCCAAACGCAUUACAGUUAUAAAGGCGCAAUUCCAGGUUUCGCGGAAUCAGAUCUGGACGAGUUCAACAAGAACGCAGCUUCGCUCGCCUGGACCCGUACCCUAGGGACGCUCAGAAAAGCGUUUCAACUGAACGUGGAGCUCGAACCGGUGAAAGAGGUCCAUACCGCACGAGUCUAUGCAGCUCAAGAUGCAAAGCAGACGGUAGCUGGUUUCGGGACUGACGGGCCCUAUGUGAACCACGUCCCAACGAUGACGGGGGGAAUCGGCCAGCGCGAUCUUUUACGCUUCUACAAAGACUACUUCAUCAACCGCGCUCCACCCUCCCUGAGCAUGAGACUUGUCUCGCGCACAUCAGGAACGAACCGCGUCGUCGACGAAUUCAUCCUCAGCUUCAAACACACGACCGAGAUCCCCUGGAUCCUCCCAGGAGUCCAGCCAACGCAGAAGGUGGUACACGUCGCCAUGGUGAGUGUAGUAUGCAUACAUGGUGGAAAGCUAUACAGCGAGCAUGUAUAUUGGGAUCAAGCGUCGGUCUUGGUGCAAGUGGGGCUGCUGGAUCCGAAGCUGGUGCCGGAAAAGUUCUCAAAGCAAGGCCUGAAGCGGCUACCAGUAUAUGGGUCGGAAACAGCAAGCAAGGUUCUGGAUGAGGAGAGCCAGCCGAGCAAUGGGCUCAUUGAGACUUGGAACGAAUCGACAGGCAAAGACAAAACGAACUUGCCCGCCAGACCGAAGCAAGCCGCCAACGCAAAUGCUGGCAACGGCGCCGCUGCCAAUGGAGGCGGAGCAGGAUGA